AUGGGCUUAACUUCAAAAUUAGAUAAGUUGAAGCUCAAACCUUCUGCAGAAACUGAUAAGGGGAGAACUACUACACCCCCAGUAGAAGUUGAAGAGGAUACUUCAGAUAUUGAUGAGGUUGAUGACGGGGGCAAAUCAAUAUUAUCAGGUAUAAUUGCACAAUUAAGACCUGGCUGUGAUUUGACUAAGAUCACGCUUCCUACUUUCAUUUUAGAAAAAAAAUCCAUGUUGGAAAGAAUUACAAAUGCCUUCCAAACUCCAGAUAUUUUGUUAAAGGCAAACGAAACGGAUGACGAAUUGGCAAGAUUCUUAUUGAUGGUGAAAUGGUACCUCUCAUGUUGGCACAUUGCACCUAAAGCAGUUAAGAAGCCAUUAAAUCCAAUUUUAGGAGAAGUAUUCACUUGCUACUGGGACAAUAUCGCUAACGAUAAAACCGCGUAUUAUAUCUCUGAGCAAACAUCUCACCACCCACCAAAGUCUUCUUAUUUCUACCUCAUUCCGGAACUGAAGAUUAGGGUUGAUGGAAUUAUUAUUCCCAGGUCUAAAUUUCUUGGAACAUCCUCUGCUGCAAUAAUGGAGGGUUGGGCCCACGUCACACUCGGUGAACGUGACGAUGAAGUUUAUAUUGUUAAUCAGCCUAACGUAUACUGUCGGGGUAUUUUAUUUGGCAAACUAAAAUAUGAACUAGGUGACCAUAUGUACGUUAAGUGCCCCAAAACAGGCUACGUUGCAGAUAUUGAAUUCAAAACUAAAGGUUUCAUAAGUGGAACUUAUGAUGCAAUAGAAGGAACAGUUAAGCACGUAGACUCUCCAGAUGUCUUGUAUACUAUCUCAGGAAAAUGGAACGAUGUUAUGGAAAUAAAGGACCAAAAGUCUGGUAAAAAGGAAGUGUUUUAUGAUACUACAAAAGCCCAUGCUAUCAAACCUAAAGUUAGACCUAUGUCAGAGCAGUUAGACAAUGAAUCGAGAAAGUUGUGGAACCCUACAGUAGAGGGACUUAAGAGGAGAGAUCACGAUUUAGCUACAUCUGAAAAGUAUAAAGUAGAAAACGAGCAGCGUUUAGUAGCAAAAAAGAGAUUAGAGGAGAAUGAAGAAUUCCACCCUAAACUUUUUAAGAUUAACGAUGAACAGAAACUGCUGGAUGGUGACUCUGUAGAAUUUAUAAUAGAUAAAGACAUUGAUUUAAGCUCUAAUGCGGAAGACUUAAGAAAGGAAGUUUUAUCUAUAGCAGCUAUUUUACCAGGCCAGAACCCAAGCUCUUAA